UUACUAAAAUAUAUUUUCCAUCAGUUUUAAGUUAAACCCACUGGCCUUGUCUGUACUAUAGCCAUGCCCGCACCACAAACUUAUUCCGAAUUGGAAAACGUUCCUUCGAAUCAAGAAGACCAACGGACGCUUCAAAUCGCGCUUGAGUUGUCGAAUCUUGGGCUGCUUGGCAAUUGUGACGAUGAUAGUUCUACUUCAAGUUAUGACGAAAUCACCAAAAACAAGCGAAGUCAGAACAUGACGGAAUGCGUCCCUGUUCCAAGUUCUGAACAUGUUGCUGAAAUUGUUGGACGGCAAGGUUGUAAAAUUAAAGCGCUCCGUGCUAAGACGAAUACCUAUAUCAAAACCCCGGUACGUGGUGAAGAGCCGGUGUUCGUUGUAACUGGAAGAAAAGAGGAUGUUGCCAUGGCUCGUAGGGAGGUCCAGUCUGCUGCUGAACAUUUCACGCAAAUAAGAGCGUCACGGAACAAACAUUCGCUGAUUAACGGGCAAACUGUUAGUGGCGCGAACGAGGUUGAUGGGACGGCUGGGACGAUAACCUUGCAAGUGAGGGUUCCAUACAGAGUGGUUGGAUUGGUUGUGGGACCAAAAGGGGCGACAAUCAAACGUAUUCAACAACAAACCCACACCUAUAUUGUUACCCCAAGCAGAGACAAAGAACCAGUGUUUGAAGUAACAGGUCUUCCUGAGAAUGUUGAAAAGGCGAAGGAAGAAAUAGAAGCUCAUAUCGCUACAAGGACGGGAACGCAACAACAAAAUAUUGAGGACGAUUUUAAGAAUAAUGGAACCGAGGUUGUCGCACUAAAUUCUGCUGUUAAAGAAGAUCAUUGCAAUACUACAUAUGCUUCGUACGAACGAAAUGUAGCAACGACAAGUCUUUUAAGGUCACAAGCCCCAAGCUUCUUUCCCGCCACCACGCAAAGCAACUCCUUCGAAUAUACGAACGGGAUGUACCCUCCCCAUGAUAAUAUGAUGAUAAGUUGGGGAAGUAUCGACCCCCGCCAAACAUUCUCUCUCACCCCGCGUAGAUCGAGUCAAUCAAGCAGUGGGUUUAGCCCCGCCCUUCAACACCCCAGACUCUCACCCACACUUUCAGACUCCGAACCUCAUCCCAUUUUCCCCACAUCACCCAACACACGAGGGCGCCAGCCUCGAACGGAGUCGUACGAUUCUGGUGCCAGCCAAGUUGACGCGGUACCCAUGACAACCCCAUUUGCGACGCCAGCGUUAAACAUAGAGAGCGGAUAUUCAUCUGGAGGUACCACCGAUAGCCUGACAUCUGGAUCGCCCGACGUUGUGCACGGGGUCCCCCACCCUUUCCUAGUUGAAGGGGAGUCGCCUAGGUGCGUUUUGUGCAAGGAAGGUUCUAUUGUGGCAGCUUUGGUUCCAUGUGGGCACAAUCUGUUCUGCUUCUCGUGUGCGAACCGUCUUGUAUCAAGAAAUGGCUCAUUUUGCCCCUGCUGUAACCACCCUGCUUCCAUGGCGCUGCUCAUCAAGAAAUAACUUGCCAGAAACUUAAUUUACCGGGAAUUGCAGUUCUUACGUCUUCCUUGAAAUUUAUUUUAACCCCCUUGUUUACCCAUUAUAUUAGUUAUUGUAGAUUGACUGCCGAUAUCAACAAUCAUUUAGUCACUGCCCAGGUAAACUACAAUGUUUUGUAUAUUUUCAUUCUUACUUUUUUAAGAAAUAAUAUAUUUUGUAUAUUCCCUCGUCGAGAAUGGACUUUUUUAUUUCUUUUUCUUGACCUGCUUUUAUUUUACUGCCCCCCCCCCCUGUGUUACCCCCUGGCUCGCUACUUUGAUUAUGCUUGUGGGUUGUUUGUAUAAUUGCAGUGAAAUAUUUUGAAAAUUCUUUAUACUCCCAUGGCAUGUAACUAUGCAUUGGAAACCUUUAUUUACAAAACUUAAGAUUUGUUGGUGCUGAAUAAUAAUUGUCCACACGUGUGUUCCACAGUGCCAUGUUUUUAAUCACGUCAAGUUUUUAAACCCGUUGUUUAAUCGCGAGCCUUAAUUUUGUUGAUAGUUUCGUGUGGUGUGCUGCCACCUAGUGCUUUGGUGUGUUCGUUGCAUGUUUUCAAAAUUAAAAUAAUUUUUCUCCACGCUUGUUAUGCCAUGUAAAGAAAUUUUAUUUUCGACGAUUAAACAUUCUGUUAAACAGUU